AUGCCACCCUGUAUGCACCAGUUUUUUCUGGCUGCAUACUUGAUAUUUCUUUCUCCUACACAAGAAGGAUCUUGGAAGCAUGAAGCAUAUUUGUUGUUUCCAGUUCAUUUGGAUGGAACAUUGUUGGACAAUGCUAACACUAUGAAUGCUAAAAAGGAGUUAUUCUCAACCACUAAUGUUCUUCAUAUAUUUCGACAGCUUUGUGCAGGACUCGAGCACAUGCACAAUUUAGAUCCACCAUAUUGUCAUAAUGAUGUCAAGCCUGGUAAUGUCCUCAUAACUCAUGGGAAAGGACAACCACCACUAGCCAUAUUGAUGGAUUUUGGCAGUGCUCGGCCUGCAAGGAGGCAGAUUCAAUCUCGUUCUAAGGCACUACAAUUGUAG